CGAACGUCUGCGCGGCGCAGCGCCCUGACUCAGUGUUGCGAAGUUGCGACAAUGACAGGAUGCUGCGCUCCCCACUGCACGAACCGAGAAGAGCACGGAAAGGCCUUCUUCUCGAUUCCAUGUGGCAAGUCUGUCUCCGUCGUGCGUCGCCGCCUCAAGUGGCUGCUGCGCAUGAAACGUCAGAAGCCGGCAGGAAGAGGAGCAAGAAUAUGCGAGGAUCACUUCAGCCAAGAUCAGUUUGAGGAGGUCCUUGUAAAAGGGAAGAAACGGCUGAAGCCAGAUGCCAUCCCCAGCAUCUUCAGCUUUUCUGCACCGUCAGAAUCGCCAUGCACGGCUGGUGACAUACCAAGUGAAAGUUCCUCCAAUACAGCAACAGAAGGAAUCAAAAUGGAAGUUCAGUCGGACACCUACAAUGCUUCCACUCCUUGCAGUGACAUGAAAUCGACACCCAUCGAAGGAAUCAAAAUGGAAGUUGAGUCGGACACCUACAAUGCUUCCACUCCUUGCAGUGACAUGAAAUCGACACCCAUCGACGCCAAAAAACCAGAAGCGUGUGUUGCCUCAGAACCACAGCUCUCAGUCAUGUGA